UCCGCUGCUCAGAGAGAGCAGAAAGAGAAUCGUCUGGAAGGAAGUUGGUGCUCUUGGGUUCUGCUGAAAUCCAGCCUCCGUGAAUCACAGACGUGCUUUAGGCAAAGUCAUUUCCAACGUUUAACCAUGUCGGUUAUCGGAGAGGAAGAGGUCCGCGGAUCGGGUUCGAAAGCGAUUUUUAAGGAGAUCAGUGCUGACGAUGAAGAUCAACGACCUACUGUUAUAGAGAGCCUCUGUAUGAGCUGCUUUCAGAAUGGGACCACUCGCCUCCUGCUGACUAAGAUCCCCUUCUUCAAGGAGGUCAUCAUCAGCUCCUUCACCUGUGACAGCUGCGGUGGGUCCAACACAGAGAUCCAGUCAGCAGGGAAGAUCCAGGAGAAGGGAGUUAUCUACACCCUGGCCGUCAAGACCAAGCAGGAUAUGAACCGAGAGGUUAUAAAAUCAGACAGCGCCACAACCAGAAUCCCAGAGCUGGACUUCGAAAUUCCACCCUUCACGCAAAAAGGAUCUCUGUCCACUGUCGAGGGGCUGAUUGACAGAGCGGUGUCUGGACUGGAGCAGGACCAGGCUCUCAGGAAGGCGACAGCCCCUGAAGUUGCUGCAAAGAUCGAGGAGUUCAUUGAGAAAUUGAUCAAGCUGAAAGAUGUGGAGACUCCGUUCACGCUGAUCAUUGACGACUCUUCUGGGAACAGCUUUGUUGAGAACCCCUUCGCUCCUCAGAAAGACGAGGCACUGACAGUCACUCACUACAAGAGAACCACACAGCACGACGUCCAGCUGGGCUUGAAGGCCGAUGAUGAAGAGGAGGAGGAGGAGGAGCAGGUGGAAGAGAAGCCCGGGAGCACCAUUGAAGACAUGAGAAAUGAAGUACUGCAGUUUAACACCAACUGUCCAGAAUGCAACGCUCCCGCUUCUACCAACAUGAAACUUGUGCAAAUCCCUCAUUUCAAGGAGGUCAUCAUUAUGGCAACCAACUGUGACUCCUGUGGACACCGGACCAAUGAGGUGAAAUCUGGAGGAGCCACUGAGAAGCAGGGGACCAAGAUAACCCUGCACAUCACUGACCCUUCAGACAUGACCAGAGAUCUCCUGAAGUCGGAGACGUGCAGUAUUCUCAUCCCAGAGCUGGAGUUUGAGUUGGGGAUGGCAGCAGUGGGAGGCAAGUUCACCACUCUGGAGGGGCUGCUCAAAGACAUCAAACACCUGAUUGUUUCCAAAAACCCGUUCACCCUGGGAGACAGCUCCAACCCAGACCUGGCUGGAAAACUACAGCUCUUUGGCAAAAAGAUCGACCAGAUCAUUGCCCUAGAGCUGGAUGCACACAUUGUCCUGGAUGACCCAGCGGGGAGCAGCUACCUUCAGAAUGUGUAUGCCCCCGAUCCAGACCCAGAGAUGAAGAUCGAACAUUACGAGCGCACCUUUGAACAGAACGAGGAUCUGGGUCUGAACGAUAUGAAAACAGAGGGGUACCUCGAUGGGCAGAGUGCUGACCGAUAGCAACUUGCUGUUGUGUGAACAAUGGAAAAGCGUCAUUUUUGACUUAAAAAAAAGUUUUAGAAAGAUGUUUGGAAAGAAAAUGGUUGUGUGUUUAUUUAAAGGCAACCAUGUCAAGUCUUUGUUAAUCUGGUACAAUACCAGCAUGCUGUCCCCCCUCUAAUGUUUUGAGUUUGUUUUGCCCCAUUGUGGAUGUACUAUUCAGUACGGGGGUGAGGAGGAGAGCCAGGCCCACAGGAACUUUCAGCACUUCUUUCUAUAAACUGGUGAAAGUGAGCAGAGUGGCUGAUUAGGGGAUGCAGUACUGAAAUGGGGAAUUCUUGGGUAAUAUAGUUGAGUGAUUUAAAGAACUGUUGGUACAAAUACCAAUAAAAGUGGAUUUGCUUGGCAAUGCUACAGCA